AUGUGUGCAAGAUUUCUUUGGACCGGAGCGAUCGAGUCUUCACGAGGCGCCAAAGUGGCUUGGUCAACGGUCUGUCUACCUAAAUCAGAAGGUGGUCUGGGUCUGAGGAGUUUCUCGAAGUGGAACAAAACACUUUGUAUGAGGUUCAUUUGGCUGUUAUUUUCUGAUAAUGUCACUCUGUGGAGUCUAUGGCAUAAACACCAUUACAUCAGAGGAGCUUCCUUUUGGAAUCUAAAGGAAAAUGCAACUUCAUCAGCUUCUUGGAACUCGAUUCUCAGGCUGAGACCGGAAGCAAAGCACUUCAUCAACGUGGUACUGGGAAAUGGGUUAAAAGCAAGCUUCUGGUUUGACGCUUGGACACCAAUGGGUCCACUUAUUGAUGCGAUAGGGGAACAAGGGCCGAGGAAUCUAAGGAUUGAGAGAAAUGCAACCGUAGCUUCCGCCUGUCCCUCGGGAACAUGGAAUAUCCCUCAGCCGCGAUCUGAGGCGGUGGUAAAACUCCACAGUUACCUGACUACAAUCCCGGUACCUUCAAUUUCUAUGCAGGAUGAUUACUAUACAUGGACGGUGGACUCAAAUGUGUACACUGGUUUCAACGCUUCGAAAACGUGGGAGGCGUUAAGACCACGUGCACCACCGAAGAAUUGGGCUCCAUCUGUUUGGUUCAAGGGCUCUAUUCCUAGACAUGCCUUCAAUAUGUGGGUCACGCAUCUUGACAGGCUGCCAACUAGGUCACGCCUUGCAUCUUGGGGAAUCAUCACCUCUACGGACUGCUGCUUAUGUGGAAGGGAACCGGAAACCAGGGACCACCUCUUCCUCAAGUGCUGCUAUAGUGUUCAAUUAUGGAUUUCCGCUCUGCAGAAGAUAGACCCUAGACCACAUCACUUUCAAUCUUGGUCUGAGGUUCUCUCUUGGACAAGAAACGAUUCCAACCGAGCCCCAGCUCUUUUAAGGAAGAUAGUAGCUCAUUCGACUAUCUAUCAUAUUUGGAGGGAGCGAAACAGUGUUCUUCACAAUGGAACCCACAUUCCACAUCAAGUCACCUCUAAAGCGAUUUACCGAGAAGUCAUCAACACUAUCACGGCUAGAAAGCAAAGGAAGCACUUUCAGUCCUUUAUGUCUCUCUGGUUGCGAUGA